AUGUCACAAUCACCUCCAUUGACAGGCAUUCGCGUGCUUGAGUUCGCCGGACUAGCACCAGGUCCGUAUGCUGGUAUGCUAUGUGCCGACUAUGGAGCCAAAGUCCUUCGUGUAGAUCGCGCCCACCCUCAGGCCUUUACAGAAAAGCCACCUCCGCCGACCAACGAUGGAUUGACGCGCCAUAAGGACUCCAUUACCGUGAACACCAAGACGCCGGAAGGCAUUGCCUUGAUAAAGGCCCUUAUACCGCGAGUCGAUGUUGUGAUAGAUCCAUUCCGACCUGGCGUCUUGGAGAAGAUGGGUCUAGGUCCGAAUGUUCUGCAGCAGAUAGACCGAAGAGUGAUUGUCGCAAGAAUGACGGGUUUCCGACGAGAUGGCAAGUACAAGGAUAUGGCAGGUCAUGAUAUCAACUAUAUCGCAGUCUCGGGUGUGUUGAGCAUGUUGGGAAGAGCGGGCGACAAGCCAUAUUCCCCAGCCAACAUUGUGGGAGACUUUGCUGGUGGAGGAGCUGUGUGCUUCAUGGGCAUUGUCCUUGCAUUGCUCAACCGACAUAAUACUGGUUUGGGACAAGUCGUGGAAGCUAACAUGGUUGAUGGCUCUGCUCAUUUGGCUUCGAUGCCCCGUAUGCUCACCAGAAAGCCCAUGUGGGAUUCUCCUCGUGGUACCAAUACUCUGGAUGGCGGAGCACCUUAUUACGAUACAUACGAGACAAAGGAUGAAAAAUACAUGGCAGUGGGCGCGCUAGAACCUCAGUUCUACUCUGUACUACUCAAGGGUUUGGGAAUCGACCCGAAUGAUGGACAAUGGCCUAAGAACAGGUUGGAGAAGGAGACUUGGCCGCAGCAAAAGACUGCUUUUACAAAACUCUUCAAAAGCAAGACGAGGGCUGAGUGGGAGAAGAUUUACGAUGGAACCGACGCUUGCGUGACACCUGUUUUAACGCAAGAUGACCUAGAGAAGGGUGGCUUCGACCAGAGACCUAUCGUGACGUUGAAGUCGUCGCCUGGGUUAGCGAUUACCGAGGGUGUUGCAGAUGGUAGAGACCCUACGACUGGCUCGGGAAUCGGCGUGGAAGGCAACGGAUGGACUUCGAAUGGGCUUAGACCUGGCGAGGGGGGCGAGGAGGUGCUCGCGCAGUGGAUGGGCUGGGCCCGGGGACGACAUUAUGAGAUCAAGGAGGGAGGAAUGGCAUUGGUUGACAAGAGCCUGAGAAGCAAGUUUUAG